AUGUCCAUCACAUCCGUCAGAGAUCCAAUGGAGCCACACUGCGUAGAGAUAGUGUCUCGAAUCUAUCUGGGCGACUGCGAGGCAUUCAACAAAGACGAAUUAACCGAGAAAAAAAUUACUCAUGUACUAUCGUUGGGUGCUUUUGAAAAUGAUCUCCAUGUUAACAUAGAAUACAAGAAUAUCAACAUUUUAGAUGUGGAUGAGCAAAAUAUCAUUCAAUAUUUCGACGAAGCGAUAGAAUACAUACAAGAAGCUUAUAAAUGCAAAGGCCGUAUAUUGAUACAUUGUCAAGCAGGUGUAUCUCGUAGCCCAACUAUCUUGGCUGCUUGUUUAAUGAAGUCGAAAAAAAUCAACAGAGACGAAGCGUUAGACAUCAUUCAACGGAAAAGAGCCUCUAUAGCCCCCAAUGCAGGAUUUAUGGAACAACUCUCUCUUUAUUAUGAUUUGAAUUACGAAGUGGACCCUAAACAUGCUGAAUAUAGACGAUUCCUAGUAGCCAGCAUGGCAGAAGAACAACAAAGCUAUGGAUAUGUGGCACAUGUUGCUUUGGCUGCAGAUCCAGAAUAUACACCCUUGACUUCGGCCAGUGACCAAAAGAAGUUCAAAGCUUUACGAUGUAAAAAAUGUCGACGUAUGUUGGUUGGUUCGGAACACGUGGUAGAUCAUGAGGCUGGCAAAGGGCAGCUGUCUUUUUCAUACCACAAACGUAACUCAGAUAUCAAUAUUACGACAGCAACUACAUCCGCUACAGCCGAAUCUGAAGUCAAUACAUCAUUAAAUACGGUCAAUGCAUCACUGAAUCCAUUGCUAGCUUCCCUAGCGAUUCACAACAAUACGUGUUCGUCGUAUUUUAUAGAACCUAUGGAAUGGCAAGAUGGUUUGAUUGAUGAGGUUCAGGGUCGUAUCGAUUGUCCUAAAUGUCAUAGUAAGUUGGGAUCUUAUAAUUGGGCUGGUGACCAAUGCUCUUGUGGACGUUGGAUUACGCCUUCGUUCAUGCUCCACCGUAACAAAGUAGACGAGGUCAGGAAUGUCGUCCGAAAAUAGAGUGCAACCAACUGUUGAUUUCUUAUUACGAAAGCUGGAUCCAUCUCAACAUAAGCCUUCCAAUCAUUACAAUGCCUUUUCUGGCCGUGUCAAUCCUUACUUCCUUACCCAGAAUAAAUAUGCCAAAACCGGAAUAUAUGAUGACCAAAGAUACAAUAAAGGCUAAUAAAAGUGAUUUUGGGAUUUUUCUUUUUGUAACAGAAUAAAAGAGGCUACCUAAGAUUUCCUCGAUUCUUUCGUUUUGAUCGUAGACAAAGUAAAAUAUUUAUAGUGUCAUUCAUAAAGUCAGGUUUUCACAUUUUUGCACAGUACUCUGUACAGGAAACAAGGAUAAAAUAAAUGAGCAGUUAUAUAGGGAAACCAGCGCCAAUAGGAUGUUCUCUAUUGAAAUGGACACAUGCAAAGUUUAUUUCAUAAAAUGAAUGAUGAUAGACGAACUCUCAUUAAGUU